GUUCUUUGUAUCACUUUUUUUUUCACUUUUGUUUAUUUUAUCGUUUUAUUUUGUUCUUCGUUAUUUGUUAUAUUCAAUAAUAUGUCAUUCCAAACCUUCAAUCAUGUAAUCAAUCAACCUACCAAGAGAAGGAUGUGUGAUGAUGAACAAGAUGAUGAUAAUGUAUCAAUGAUGAAAGAUCAAGGACCUAAACGAUUGAAUGAUUUAACGCAAGAAUUUAAUCCCAACAAUGAACCACCUAAACCAAAUUUUACCUUACCAUCACUUACUUACGCUUCACCUGAUUAUCGUCCUCCUCCAAGAACGGAUGCUUUAUGGCUUCAACCUGUACCUCAACCAACUUCUCAACAUACUACUACCGUCAAUAACAGUUUAUCUUCAGGCCAACCUAUGGACGACGACUCAACAGAUGAAGAUGAUACAUUACCUACACCUGGAUACCAACCUCAUUCUAUUAGUAAACCAACCCAACAAUCAUCAACAACAAAUAUAAAAUCCAACACUGGUUUUGAUUGGAUUAUGACUGAUCAAAGCUAGAUCCACCCAUCUUAUUGAUGAUGUAAGACGUCCCAUCCUUUUCUUAUUUUGCUACUUGAUUAGUUAGAUGUAUAUAGUUUAUUAGUUAUCCCUUUUUAUCUUAAAUAAAAAAAAAUGUUGUGCAAAUGA